AUGGUUGUGGUCAGGAGGAGGAACGUGAAAGUGUUCACCUUUGCCUUUCUGCUCAUCACGGUGACGUCCUUUCUGCUGAACUACACGCAUCAGGCGAGCACCACCACCUGGGAUCUGAGACAUCUCAUCAUGCAGUUUUCAGAACAAGUGGAAAAACUCUUCAAGUACCCCAGGAGACCGUGCAGCUGUCGCACAUGCGUUUCAGAGCUGGGACAUUCCCUCUGGUUUGAUCAGAGGUUUAAUUCAACUAUGCAACCUUUCCUGACCUCACAAAAUGCCUUCAUCCCAGAAGACAGCUACAGGUGGUGGCUGAAGCUGCAAGGAGAGAAGACCCCGAGGGAUAUCAACGCGACGCUGCGGGAGCUGUUCGGGCUGAUCCCCGGGGCCGGGGACCCGCUGCAGGAGCGCGGCACCGCCACCUGC